AUGAACCCUUAAUAAUUAAUUGAAAAUUUAAACGAUAUCUUACUGAGCGAUUUCUUCAGAUAUAUAGAAGUUUUGGGAAAGGGAAGUUUUGGAAUUGUGGUUGCAGCUCAUAGUUAAGAACUAGAUAAAGUUGUUGCUAUUAAAAUAGCACAAUAUUUCGAAAAGGAAAAUGAAUCAUCUCUCUUGUAAGAAUGUACUCAUCCAAACAUUGUUAAAUUGUACAAGGUUUUAUUUGCUAAUAAUUUCAUAUAUCUAAUUAUGGAAAAACUGAAUGGAACCACUCUAGAUGUAAUCUUGAAAGAACAGAAACUUGAUGAAAUUCAAAUAAGGAACAUUAUGCUCUAAGUAUUAAAUGCCUUAGCUUUUUUACAUCGCAAAGGAAUCAUACAUAGAGAUUUAAAGCCUGAAAAUAUAUUUAUCUCAAAUGGCAAUCAUGUAAAAUUGAUUGACCUAGGCCUAGGAUAUCAAAUUGUGUGCAGAGGCAUCAUAGGCUAACAAGUUGGAACUCCAUAUUAUAUUGCUCCUGAACUAAUUAAUGGCUAUGAAUAAACGCAAGCUCUUGACAUCUUUUCUCUUGGAAUAAUAUUCUAUAAGAUGUUAUGCAACAAUUAGCAUCCCAUUUGGACUGAAGGAUAAACUAAAAAGGAAUAUUACAAAGUCCUCUCUAGUGAUUUUCAAAUCAACUAUCCAUCACAUCUCUCAGAGAUGGCAAAGGAUUUCAUCAAAAACACUAUUACUCACAGUCCAAUUGAUAGAAUGACAGCUGAAUAAUGCUUGGAACAUCCAUGGUUGUUAGGUGAAGAAAGAAAAUCUCAUCCAAUUACAAAUAAAGAAAUUAUUUAAAGAUAUAGGUUUAUCUAAAAGUUUUAGCUAAUAGUAAAGGCAUUGUAGAUGACUAAGAUAUUCAAAUAACAAUGUUUAGAAGGAUGUUCUUAUCUGAAAUCUCAGAACUCUGAUGAAAUCUAUGAGAUACUACUUAAUGAAGAUGCUCCAAAAACAUAAAGAGUUCACACAGAAACACACAUUAUUGUUCGUCCUUAAAAGUCUUACUACAAACCUAAGAGUUUGAAGACGAUUCAACUGACAAAAGAGACAUCCUCAUAAGAUCUGGUGCCUAUCAAAAAUAAAAUGCUGAAUUCUAAUCGAUGCUAUAAUUUAACAUCUAGAUAUAAAUCCUCUUUCGAUAUAUAAUUGCCAAAAGUCAAUAGUUAAAAGAAAAUUCAUUUCUAAUUACCUUCAAUCUCUCCUUAACAAACUAGAUAGUCUAGCUUUAUUUUUAGAUUGUAAUGA